GUCCCUUCCCCCCACCAAAACAUUUGUUACCAAACCAAAAAGAAACUUAAACAAAAGUCUUAAACUUUCAUCUUAAUCUCAUCAUAUCAAAGUCGUCUUCUUCUUCCUCACCACUUCUAUCUGUAUCUCUUUCUCACAAACUAACCACUUCCCAUGGAAACCUCACCAAACCACCACCACCACUACCACCACCACCACCAAGACAACAACCUUAACCCAUCUCUCCUUCCUUCACCCAAAAGCUACAGCCCUAACAGCAGCACCAGCAGCUCCACCACCAGCAGUAGCCCGCCCACCCCCAAACCCAUCACCAGAUCCGACUCCGCCAACCCUUACCCCACCACUUUUGUUCAAGCUGACACUACUUCCUUCAAACAAGUCGUUCAAAUGCUUACCGGAUCCUCCGAUACCGCUAAGCUUGCUUCUAAACCCGCAUCUCAACCCGACCCUAAUUCCAACAAAACCCAUAACAUCCCUCCCAUCAAGUCUAUACCCAAAAAACAACAGCAAUCUGGCUUCAAGCUUUACGAACGUAGAAAUUCUCUCAAGAACCUUAAGAUCAACCCUCUUAACCCAAACCCAUUUAUCACUUCCGGGUUUUCGCCCCGAAAACCCGAGAUUCUCUCUCCUAGUAUUCUUGAUUUUCCUUCUCUAGUUCUUAGUCCGGUUACUCCGUUGAUACCCGACCCCUUUGACCGAUCCGGACCCGUUAAUUAUAUUAACAAGAGUGGUUUGCAUGCAGAUAGUAGUAAGAUGGACACAGAAGCCGAAGAGAAAGCUAUUAAAGAAAAGGGGUUUUAUUUGCACCCGUCACCGAGUACCACGCCAAGAGAUGCGGAGCCGAGGUUGUUGCCGCUUUUCCCAGUGACUUCACCUAGGGUUUCAGGUUCUGCAGCUUCUAAUUCUUGAAUUAUUAUGAGGUUUUUUAAUUUUUUCUUUUUGGUGUAAGAUUUUUAUGUAUUGUUGGUAAUGAGGGGAGAAGAAAAAUAAAUUUGUAAUGUUGAAUAUUUGCAGAGAAUGAGAAAAAUCUUGCUCUAAUUGUAAACUUUUAUGUUUUGUUGCUCUCUAUUGGUUUUUAUCUUUGUUCAUA